UUAAAACAUUAUAAAACAAUGAGAUGGAGUUGGGAGCAGCAUAAAUUAUAAAUUUUAUGUAUAGGUAUCUAUUUUAAUUCAUGGUAAAUGUGAGAUACGACCUAAGACUCUUGAACUCGGUUGGAACAUGAAAAAUCAAAAUACCUAUUUCAACAAAAUAAAUAAAAAAUGUUUUUUCUUAUAUUUAACACAGUCAAUCAAUUUUCCAUGCAGAAAUCCAGCAACGUCGUUCAUAGGUAGAGAACUUUGAGACCUACAAAAUUUAACCAAUAUGCUUAUGAAUGCUUGUGAUCCGAUUUUUAAUGCCAGUAUACAAUUGGACGGCAGUUGUAUAUCUCGAGAAGGCUAUUCCGUAGAAAAUCUUAUAUCGCCAGAUGCAGGAUUACGAAAAAGAGGAUUUCUAUGCGAGACUUUCAUUCGGCCACCGGUGAGCUUAACAUUCAAUUUCCCGUUUGCAUUUGACAUUAAGUACGUAGUGAUCGGCACACGGGUGGGCGGUCAGAAAUCCUCGGGUUUUCAGAUAUUAGCUGGGCGCAGUGAUAAUGUACAAAGGAUCUGUUCUAUGAUAACUGAAAAAGAGGCAAUAUUGUUUCAUGAUAAUAGCACAGAUUUAUCCACCUUUGGGAACGAAUACGAUAAAUGCUGUUUUAAUAUAUCGGCAAGUAGAAAUAUCAGAUCAGCUGAGAAAUUAUCAGUGCGUAUUUUCAAAACAGCAAAUUCUAUACCAGCAAUAGGCAAGUUGGAAGUUUGGGGAAAAAUUUCAUGUGGAGUACCAAAAGAAAUCCAUCAAUCAAUAACUCGUAGUUGGGAAGAAAGUAAAAGACCAAAAGAAAUACAAAAAAAAAUUAAAGAUGCGCAACCGAUCACAGAAAUUAAUUCUGAAAUGUUUGUUAUGUGUGAUGACUUUUUAGAUUCAAUUACUUAUGAAGUGAUGACAUGUCCUAUGGUUCUACCUUGUGGAAAAUAUGUCGACAGUACUACAGUAGAAAAGUGUAUUAAACAUGAUACCAUGUAUGGACGUUCACCUUGUGACCCUUUUACUGGAAUACCAUUUACAGAUAAACUAAAACCUAUGCCUGUGCCCGAAUUGAAAGGACGAAUCGAUUCGUUUCUAAUAAAACACGCAGAUGAUAAAAAUGUGAAGUGUAUUCCACGAGCAGUGGGUAAACAUAGUUUUAGUUUUUACACAGAACGACAGACUAAAAAAAUUAAAGUACAAUGUAGCAAAUGUGACAAAAACUGUAAUUUGUAUAAUUUACCUUGUAAACACCUACAAUGUAGAAAUUGCCUAAAGACUGAGAUAAUAAAAUGCAAUAUUUGUCACAAUAACUUUAAUCGGAGUGAAAUAGAAAAAUAUCAUGAAAACCAUUAGUAUAGACAAGAUUUUGUUACAACACUGAUUACAACUGUGAUUUCUGAUCAUUCCUUCAAUGAGGUAAAAUAUUUCGUUCAUAAUUAAUCAAUUAUCAAUAAUAACUAUAUGGUUAAUAAUAUUAAUGACAGAAUGAGUAUAAGGCAGCGGCUAUUCAUUUGUUAUUUUAGUUUUUAAUCUACUAUUUCCUAAGUACAUAUUAUAUUGUAUAUUAUGUGUUAGUUUUAUUGAUCUGACACUAUUGCAUACAUAUUGCCUUGUACUGUAUUGCAAAAUAAAUGUGAAUUAUGUAUAAAAAACACCACUAAAAGUAUUAAUUCAAACUAAAAAUUAUAUUUUAAUCACAGUUAAAAAAAAGUAAGCCUGUGAUAUUUGUACACAUAUUUUUCAUUAAAUGUUUAAAUUUAUUGUGUAUGAAUUAUUUUUAUUAUAAAUACUCCUAAUAAAAUCAUUGCCUUAACAUGUUAAACGCUGAUGUCAACACAUAAUUGACACAUGUAAAUGGGCACUCGUGAUUGGUGUCAACACGUAGUUGACAUAAAAAGGACCCUAUGGCCAGAGUUAACAUGUUGUACACUAAUCCAAUGGCAUACCAAGGGGCCAGGGGGCUAAGGGGGCGUCAGCUCCUCCUAUUGGACGUGUUAUGGUUUAAAUUUUAUGUAAUAAAAGGCAAAUCUAUUAUACAACUGUUGAACUAUAUUAGUUUUUACUUAAAGCUAUAUUAAUAAAAAAAAAAAACCAUAUUUCUGAAAACGGUUUCGAAGAAACAUUUUGAAUAAUACCAAUUACUUGUAAUGGCUAUUACGAUUUACGAGAUAUAGUCAUUUUUUUGUUUUUAUUAAUUUAAAGUGUCCUUGACGUUUCAUCUAAAUCUUAAUGUUAAAAGAAUUCGAUUUUUUUAAUAUUUGGUGAAUAGAUAACAAUUAGUAAUAAAAUAUUAAUAAUAUAAGAUAUAUCUAAGUAGUAUCUAACCCUUUUAAAUAUUUACAAAUCAAAAGACAAAAGAGAAAAAAAUAAUUAUAACAAAAGGUUGUGUGGGCAUUCACGUUUGAGUGGGCAUACAGAGGGCGGGGAGAUAUAGUAAUGACAACCUGGUAUAAGGUAACAGAUAUCAAACUCAGAUUUACUUUGUUGAGCCCCCCCCCCCCCCAUUUAUAAAACCUGAAUAAGCCACUGCAGAAACCAAUUUUUUUAUUAAGUUUUUAGUAGGCAAAAAGAGAACAACACAUUUAAAAUUUGUAUCUUCCAUUAAUUACCGUAUUGAAAAUUUCAUUAAAUAUACCAAUUUUAUAACCGACCGCAAGUCAAAUCAAAGUGGCUACUGGCGCACAUAUAAAAUUGACUUUGGAGUUGAAUGUUUUAAGAAAAUAGAUGCUCAUGUCAAAUCUCAAUUGUAAAACAUAUUUGUCUAUUCUUACUGUAACUGUGUAUACUACCAAUGCAUAUUGUUCAUUGGAGGUAGUAGCAA